GUUAUGAAUGGCCAAGGCUCCGGGAGGCACAGACGCUUCGCGAACGCCCUGCUUUGAGGCUGGAGCCAGCAAGCGAGCCUUCUCCGUGCGCCGGAACGCGCAGCAGACAGGCGGCGAAUGACCUCUUUUUUUUUUUUUCUUUCUCUCCCUCUCUCUUUGCUUGCUCUGCUCCGCCCCUAUAAAUAACUGAGAGCAAAGGAACUUUCCCAAGUCAAGAGACUUUAGGAGAAGACUCGACACCUACCGUCAAAUGGUCCGGAGCAGCCAGCCGCGGCUAGAGCGCUCGAUCGGCAGCGGCAGCUGCAGCGUCUGAAGCAGCAAUUCGCGAUUUCUGAAGAAGGGGCUCCCAAGCCCCUUCUCCCUGCUUUCGGACGGGAGUUUCAAGGAGCCGGCGAGAAGGCAGAGGAAUUGCCGGCGUCUCUUCGGUCGGCGCUUGCAACGUCUCCGCCCUCCCGCUCUGGAAGCAUUGGAGGGGGGCCGCUGGUGGACGAGGUUCCCCUUUUUCCCCCCCGCUCCCCUCCUUUUGCUUUCAUGCAACGCCUGGUAGCCUGGGAUCAGGCAUGCCACCCCCUUCAGCCCGCGGCCUUUAAAUCCAUGGAAGUGGCUAACUUCUAUUACGAGGCGGACUGUCUGGCUGCUCUGAACAAGCUGCACCCCCGGGCGGCGGGGGCCCGCUCCAUGACCGAGCUCACCGUGGGGGAUCACGAGAGAGCCAUCGAUUUCAGCCCUUACCUGGACCCUUUAGCAUCGCAGCAACAGCCGCCGCCGCCGCAGCAACAGCAGCCGCCGCCUCCUUCCACGGCAGCAGGGGGCAACUUUGAGCCUGUUUGCAGCAGCGGCGGGAGCAGCGGCCAAGAUUUCCUCUCCGAUCUCUUCUCCGAGCAGGACUAUAAAGGCGGCGGGAAGAAGCACCCCGACUACGCUUACAUCAGCCUAAGCAGACACAGCCACCACCCGGGCGUCGGACAGAACCAUAAAGCCGGGUCGCUGCUGGGCUGCUUCCCGCCGCAGAUGGUGGAGACCAAAGUGGAGCCGGUCUUCGAGCACUUGGAUUCUUGCAAAGGGGCCCGCAAGGAAGAAGGCGGCGGCGGCGGAGGAGGAGGAGGAGCAGGGCCCGGCCUGGGGGGAAUGUCCUCGCCUUACGGCAGCACCGUCCGCUCCUAUUUGGGCUACCAGUCCGUGCCGAGCGGGAGCAGCGGGAACCUCUCCACCUCUUCGUCCUCGAGCCCUCCCGGCACCCCGAACCCGUCCGAUUCCUCGAAAUCCGCGUCGGUCGGAGGAGGAAGUGGCGGCGGCGUUUACCCGGCAGGCCCCGGCGGCGGCGGCGGCGGUAGCAGCGGCGGCGGCGGCAGCGGCAAGAACAAGUCCAAGAAGUGCGUGGACAAGCACAGCGACGAGUACAAGAUCCGCCGCGAGAGGAACAACAUCGCCGUGCGCAAGAGUCGCGACAAAGCCAAGAUGCGCAAUCUGGAGACGCAGCACAAAGUCUUGGAACUGACGGCCGAGAACGAGAGGCUCCAAAAGAAAGUCGAGCAGCUGUCCCGGGAACUCAGCACCCUCAGGAACUUGUUCAAACAGCUGCCCGAGCCGCUUUUGGCCUCCUCCGGACAUUGCUAGCCUUUCCCCUCCCCGUUGACCCCGAACAGCUGGACGCCGCUGGAAACAACGCUGUGGUUUGGGCAGGCGGAGGGUUGGGGAGGCUUCCGGGAAGGAAUGAAGCGGUGUUUGUGUGUGUGUUUGGGGGGGGGGGAGUGGAAUCUAGUGGGCGCAUCUGCCCUUCUUUUCAGGACUAGCACGGGUCGGAGGGGGUGGAAAUAGUCCCGAGGGGUUUGCAUAAAUAUAUAAAAAUAUAUAUAAAUUAUAUUUUUGGCCUUUAAUUCACACUCUGAUGAUGGAAGAAACCUUUCGCCAUAAGCUUCUUGCAGUACGACUCCUUCGGCUGGCGGGGGGAGAGUUCUCUGGCCGGUUUCUAUUGAUCUCUGCGCGACUUCUUGGAGGAAUCCGUAGUUUUUCAACUUCAUUAUUUUUUUCUAAGAAAAAAAAAGCCGAUACCAAACUCAACAUAAGAAGCCAUUUAAUUAAUAUCCAAUAUGAUUGUCUUUGCAAAGGGGUUUUUUUUGGGUGGGGGAAAGUUUGAGUGCUUAGUGUUAUUUAAAUUAAAAGAUAUAUAUAUAUAUAUAAAACGUAAAGGAGAGAAGAGAGUUCAGAAUGAUGCAAUCUUUUAAACAUGGCUGGGAACACCAGCUAUACAUGAUGCAACCUCAUGUAACUGUCAGUCAUGGAUUGAGUAAUCUGUUAAAGAUGUUCCUACUGUUUUUUUAUUACAAAGAAUGAUCUAUUUCUAUAAGGAAAAAGACGUAUGUAUAUUUUGGGAUCUAUGCAUUCUUGCUACAUAUGAAGCAUUAAUGAACAAUUUUAAUAAAACUUUAUUGCUAGGAUGGAAAAUGAGUUUGUUAUUUUUAAAGUGCUGACAUCCCUAAUAUUGUACCUGCUUUUCCUUUGCAAGAGUUGGGAGGGGGGAGGAUCUGGAGUCAGUAAUAUAAGUAGGAGUCAUCCCAUCAGUUUAAAGAAAGGAAGAUUUCUUCCAAAGCCUUUGGUUUUGAGGGUGUUUAAUAAAAUCAAAUGAGAUUGUUAGAAAAGAAUUGGAGCAAAAACCGCUUUAAACUGCUCUGUUCCUUUCUCUAAUUAUUGUUUAUGGAUCUGACCAUCCCUACAAAUUGGGGUGAGAUAUUGGAAAGUGGUAAAAGUUUGUGAUGAAAAACAUAAUGAAUGUGCCUUUAACCUGUCAUUUCUUAUCUAUUGUGCCUAAUGGAGGGAGAAUCCAUUUCACCUGUGCAGCUUACUAGAACGGGAAUAUUUAGGUAAUUGCAAUUUUUAAAAGCAUACAAAUAUAUUUCAUCUAAUGUGAGUUUUUGUUUAUAAUAAAUCUACAUGCAAAAAAAAA